UCUGUAUCAGAUCCGCGCACGUGCUUUCGAGACUUUGUACAGCUAGGUCAAGGCGCUUCGGGUGUCGUUUAUUCGGCUGUGGAUGCAAGGCCGGGGCCGCACAGGGGUCGCAAAGUUGCGCUGAAAUACUCCGACCUAAAGGAACUUGAAGAGCUCAAAACAGAAAUAGCCAUGCAGUCGUUAUCAAGUCAUCCAAACGUGGUGAAUUUCAUAGAAGCCUUCCUCACGUCAACGCACGUUGUCAUUGCGCUUGAGCUGAUGACAGCUGGCAUGCUCACGAGCCUCUGCAAGCGGGAUAUCCGCAUUUGUGAGGAAGCACACGUCAGCUAUGUACUCAAGUGCGUGUUACAAGCGCUUUCAUUCAUUCAUCGCCAGUAUCGGGUGCAUCGAGACAUCAAGUCAGACAACGUCCUCAUUGAUUUCAAUGGCCGUGUUAAAUUAGCUGACUUUGGGUUUGCCGCAUCUUUCACUCGCGAGGCAACCAACCGGACUUCAGUUGUGGGAACCCCCUUUUGGAUGGCACCGGAGCUUAUUCAGUCCCAGUCCUAUGAUUGCAAGGUUGACAUCUGGUCUCUUGCUAUCACCGCCCUUGAGAUGACUGAUGGAGAACCGCCACUAAUGCACGAGCCCGUGAUGCGCGCCCUUUUUCUCAUUACUGUAAAUGAGCCACCUAAACUCCACGACCCAAGUGCAUGGUCAGAAACACUUGCUCACUUUAUCAGCAAUAUGCUUGUCAAGCGUCCAACGGACCGAUCUUCGGCCGAGCAGCUACUCAUGCAUCCCCUAAUG